GGCGGCAGUGUCCGGAGCCCGGCUCAGGGGCAGCUGUGGCCACCGCGGAGCUAGGCUGCCUCGAGAGAGCGCCCGGGCGCAGAGGGGCUCACGGGCCGCCGGGGCCGCGCAGAGCAGAGCGUACCUCCUCCGCGUCCAGAUGUCUGAGUAGUGUGUUUACGUCCGGCCCCCUCCUCCCUGACCCCAUCAGAGAGGAGUGAUGGGGAAGUGGGCGGGCAGGCCCUGGUUUGGUCUGAUGCUGCUUCUGUCCCUCCCUCAGCUCUGCCUGGAUCAGGAGGUGUUGUCUGGACAUGCUCUUCAGACACCCCCUGAGGACGGCCAGGCCCCUGAGGGCAUCUGGGGUCCCUGGAACCAGUGGGCCUCUUGCUCCCAGCCGUGCGGGGUUGGGGUGCAACGCAGGAGCCGGACAUGUCAACUGCCAACAACUCAGCUCCACCACAGCCCACCCCUCCCAUCCCGGCCCCCAAGACACCCAGAAACCCUGCUCCCCCGAAGACAGGGCCCCAGACCCCAAACUCCCCGGCAAACCCUCCCCCUGUAUAGGCCACCGUCUCGGGGAAGAGGUGGCCCACUUCGAGGUCCUGCUUCCCAGUCAGGGAGAGAGGAGGCCCAGGAGGCUCAAGGAGCCAGGAGGCCUCGGGUUCGAGACCCCAUCAAGCCAGGAAUGUUUGGUUAUGGGAGAGUGCCCUUUGCUUUGCCACUGCAUCGGAACCGCAGACACCCCCAGACACCACCCAGACCUGUGUUCUCCCAGACCUCAGAGCUUCUUCCAUCCCUGCCUCUGGGAGCAGAGCCUUCCUCUGCAAACCACACCCCUCAAACCCAGCUGCCUCCUAUGGCUUUCUCUGCUCCCACCCUGUCCCCUCCAGCAGAGUCCCCAGGCACUGAGGCUGCUGGGACAGAGGUGCCCCCCAGAGGCAGGCCUGCCUCCCCACAGCCCCGGCCCAGAGCCCAGGCCUCUGGCACACAGCCUCCCCCAUCCUCCCCCUCCUUUGGAGAAAGUGGCUCCUUCCACGUGUCCCCUCAACCAAGAAUGCCAAGUCCCCGGGAUUGGGCCAGCUCCCGGGUAGUAGAGAGACACCCUAAUCCUUUCCUUUCUGUCCCUCGGGGCCGAGGCCAACAGAGCUGGGAGCACUGGAGGCCUGCAGGGAGUCUGCACGGGCCCCUGGCGGAGGCCGCCCCUCACUUCACAGAUGGCUGGCUGCCUCUGCUGAGGGCCGGCCCCCACCCCAGCUCCCAGUGGAGCCUUUUUGCUCCCAGUACCCCUGUCCCAAGAUGUCCUGGGGAGAGUGAGCAGCUGAGAGCCUGCAGCCAAGCGCCCUGCCCCCCUGAGCAGCCAGACCCCCGGGCCCUGCAGUGUGCCGCCUUUGACUCCCAGGAGUUCAUGGGCCAGCUGUACCAGUGGGAGCCCUUCACAGAAGUUCAGAGCUCCCAGCGCUGUGAAUUGAACUGCCGUCCCCGCGGCUUCCGCUUCUAUGUCCGCCACACUGAGAAGGUCCAGGACGGGACUCUGUGUCAGCCAGGAGCCCUGGAUAUCUGUGUGGCUGGACGCUGCCUGAGCCCGGGCUGUGAUGGGAUCCUCGGCUCCGGCAAGCGUCCAGAUGGCUGUGGAGUCUGUGGUGGUGAUGAUUCUACCUGUCACCUCGUCUCGGGGAACCUCACUGACCGGGGGGGCCCCCUGGGCUAUCAGAAGAUCCUGCGGAUUCCUGCUGGAGCCUCCCGGCUGCAGAUCGCCCAGCUCAGGCCCAGCUCCAACUACCUCGCACUGCGAGGCCCUGGGGGCCGGUCCAUCAUCAAUGGAAACUGGGCUGUGGACCCCCCCGGGUCCUACGCGGCCGGUGGGACGGUCUUUCAGUACAACCGUCCUCCUCGAGAGGAAGGCGCGGGGGAGAGUCUGGCAGCUGAAGGCCCCACGACGCAGCCUGUGGACGUCUAUAUGAUCUUUCAGGAGGAAAACCCAGGCGUUUUCUAUCAGUAUGUCAUCUCUUCACCUCCUCCAAACCUUGAGAACCCUUCCCCAGAGCCCCACAUCCCCCAGCUCCAGCCUGAGAUUUUGAAGGUAGAGCCCCCACCUGUUUCAGCGCCCCGCCCCACGCGGACCCCCGGCACCCUCCAGCGUCAGGUGCGCAUCCCCCAGAUGCCCGCCCCGCCCCACCCCGGGACACCCCUGGGGUCUCCAGCCGGAUUCUGGAAACGAGUGGGACACUCCGAGUGCUCAGCUUCCUGUGGAAAAGGAGUGUGGAGUCCCAUCUUCCUCUGCAUUUCUCGUGAGUCAGGAGAGGAACUGGAUGAACGCAGCUGUGCCGUGGGCGCCAGGCCCCCGGUCUCCUCGGAACCCUGCCAUGGCCCCCCGUGUCCCCCAUACUGGGAGGCCGGUGAGUGGACGUCCUGCAGCCGAUCCUGUGGCCCCGGCACCCAGCACCGCCAGCUACGCUGCCGGCAGGAGUUUGGCGGGGGUGGCUCCUCGGUGCCUCCCGAGCGCUGUGGGCACCUCCCGCGGCCCAGCAUCACCCAGCCCUGCCAGCAGCGCCUCUGUGGCCACUGGGAGGUUCGCUCCCCCUGGAGCCAGUGUUCUGUGCGGUGUGGGCGUGGCCAGAGGAGCCGGCAGGUGCGCUGCGUUGGAAACAAUGGUGAUGAAGUGAGCGAACGGGAGUGUGCAUCAGGUCCCCCACGGCCCCCCAGCAGAGAGGCCUGUGACAUGGGGCCCUGUACCAUGGCCUGGUUCCAUAGCGACUGGAGCUCUAAGUGCUCAGCCGAGUGUGGGACAGGAAUCCAGAGACGUUCUGUGGUCUGUCUUGGGAGUGGGGAGGAAGCAGGAGCAGAAACCAGCGAGCAGAGUUGUGCCUCAGGAAGCCGCCCCCCUGACAUGCGUGCCUGCAGCUUGGGGCCCUGUGAGGUGACAUGGUGCUGGUACACAGGGCCCUGGGCUGAGUGUUCCUCAGAUUGUGGCUCUGGCACACAGCGUAGAGAUGUCAUCUGUGUGUCCAAACUGGGGACUGAGUUCAACGUGACGUCUUCUAGCAACUGUUCCCACCUGCCCAGGCCCCCUGCCCUGCAGCCCUGUCAGGGGCAGGACUGCCAGGAUCGAUGGUUUUCUACGCCCUGGAGUCCGUGUUCUCGCUCCUGCCAGGGUGGCGUGCAGACAAGGGAGGUCCAGUGCCUGACUGCCAACCAGACCCUUAGCACCCGAUGCCCUCUCCACCUGCGGCCCUCCAGGAAAAGACCCUGUAACAGCCAGCCCUGCAGCCAGCGCCCCGAUGAUCAAUGCAAGGACAGUUCUCCACAUUGCCCCCUGGUGGUACAGGCCCGGCUCUGCGUCUAUCCCUACUACACAGCCACCUGUUGCCGCUCUUGUGCCCACGUCCUGGAGCAGUCCCCGCCAGAGCCUGCCUGAAAUGGGUCCAGGAGAAGACCCUGUCCUCAUGGUUUCUCACGCCACCAUCAGUCACCCAUCAAUCAGCUCGCUCUGUACCCUCUGGCUCUCCAGCUUGUCCUGGUCUCACCAGGGAUGUCCCCUCGAGUGGUUGAAGGUGGCAGGAUGACUGACAGUGACUCUCCAGACAUGUGUGGUUGUGUCAGUGUGAUGCUGUAUGUGCACACCUGUCCCCAGAUGUGUAUCCGGGCCUGCAAGGAUGUGUGUGCCACUUCCCACAAAGCAAGUCUGCAGCUCCUUAGUAAUCUGAGAUGCUUAGCGACUGCCGCCCUGACCCCCCAAUCCCAACUUGGUGCCCUAGACCUCAGUUCUCCUGGUCAGGCCUCACUCUUCUAACCGCCCUUUUAUCCUUAGACCCCUUCUCCCCUUACCCAGGCACUCUAUCCCUGCCUCUCCUAGUUAAUUAGCCAGGGGUAGGGGUCAGCCACUGCCAACCCUGCCUUAUCCCAAGAAGAGUGACUACCUCCCCAGAACAGGGACCAGCUGGGCAGAGGAUGGAAAGAGAAAGGUUAAGAAUAAUGCUACCCAGCCCCUGCUCCCGUCCCCCCCCCCACCUCCUGAAGUGAUUCUCACCCCAGAACUAAUUUAUUUUUUAUUAAAGAUGAUUAUGACAAAUAAGA